AUGAAGUUCAGAAUCAGAACAAGAGAGCUCGAGCUCUCAAAAGCCCUCGACGAAGUCUUUUUGCGACUGUUCCUUAUUGCCACGCGAAUCAUCGAGGUCGUAUGCUCCAUCCCUAUCAUCGGUUUCGCAGCAGCUUUCAUCAGCACCCUUUCCAGCGAGGAUCAAAACGUACCAUCGAAGUUGUCCGCUGCUCUCGCGAUUGCCUGCGUCUGCACUGUCUAUACAGGAUUGACACUACUUCCAAUCAUCUUUGGAGGACCUGUCUUCUUCACUGUGGCGGCUGUGUUUGACGGCCUGUUUGUUGCUGCCUGGAGCAGCUUGAUAGGAGUAUGGGACAAUGAUGGAACGGCAACUUGUCAUGCUUUUAUCAAGAAGUACUUUGACACGAGGCCUCAAAAAUCAUACUUCUCCACAGACUGCAAGCUGGUCAAGGCAAUGUUUGCCUUUAUGAUUAUCAAUUUCAUUCGCUGGAUCGGCGGUCGUAUCAUUCUGCCUUCGCCUGAUCGAGCUGGAGCAUUCCGUGAGUUGGAGGAGCCUUCCGUUGUUCAACACGCGUAA